GACCGGACGCCGCGCGGGGAUUACUGCCGUCAGCACCCGAGGAAUGGCCGCGUUUUAAGCGCUCGCACGCCCCGCAGAAGCCCGACUGGCAGCGAUAAAGGAGCUGUGAUUCCGUUACACAGACGCUCUCAGAUUUAACCAUGUUGUAUUUUGUGAUGUUUGCUCUCUGCGGAUGGCGAAGUGCGCUGGCCAAGGACCAGACGUCCAAAGGCCGACUCAGCGCCCCGGUCCUGAACGUGACGAGCCGAGAGCUGGUGAUGGAAGCCAACCAAACGCUGCAGCUGCACUGCAGGGGUCAAUCGGAGCUGUCCUGGGCGUUUCCUGUGGGCGUGGCUAAGGACCAGCGCAGUGUACGUGUGGUGGAUUCCCGCUGCGAGGGGCGGGGCCACCUGCACUGCAGCAGCCUGACUCUGAGUGGUGCUCAGCCACGGCACACCGGAUCCUUCCGCUGCAGGUACCGCCACCAGCACAGCAAGCAGACCUCUCUCUACGUCUACGUCACAGGCAGUCAGCAGCCGUUUGUAGAGGUGCAGACGGAGGUCCCAGGUGUGGUCUUCAUGAAGGAGGGGGAGGCGCUGGUGUUUCCCUGCAGGGUCACAGCCCCACACAUCCCUGUGGCCCUAAUCAAGUUCCCGGGACAGAGGCUGGUUCCCGACCAGAAGAGCAUCAUCUGGAGCAGUAAGAAGGGCUUCAUCAUCCCCAGCCCCUCGUACCGCUUCAGCGGCCUCUUCUCCUGCGAGACCAGGCUCAAUGGCAUCCUGCACAGCGCGCAGUACCUGACGCACCGCCCAGUGAAUAAGAUCCUGGAUGUGUACCUGAACAGCACACGUCCCGUUCGCUCACUCCGGGGGGAGAGGCUGGCCCUCACCUGCACCGUCACAGCCGAGUGGAACUCCAGGGUGUCCAUCACCUGGAGCUACCCUGGCCAGGUGAAUGACUCCGCCUCCAUCAGUCGGCGAAUCGUGAAGGGCACCUCCAGCAUCAUGUUCCUGAGCGUUCUGUCCAUCACAGAGCUGAGCAGGGCUGACCGAGGCGUCUACGUCUGUCGAGUCAGGAGCGGCCCUGUUCUCCGCGAGACCAACACCUCCGUCACGGUCUACGACCGCCCCUUCAUCCGGCUGAAACACAGACACGGCCCAGUGGUGAACGCACUCGCUGGACAGAAAUCCUACCGCCUGUCCCCCAAACUGCGUGCCUUCCCCCCUCCGGAGGUCAUCUGGCUGAAGGAUGGGAUGGUCGCUGCGGAGAGAUGCUCCCGUUACCAUGUCGACGGCCAUGCUCUGGUUAUCCGGGACGUGGCGGAGGAGGAUGCAGGACUCUACACCAUUCUGGUGGGAAUCCAGGAGCACGGCCUCUACAGGAACCUCACCCUGUCGCUGGUGGUGAACGUGAAGCCCCAGAUUGGGGAGAAGGCGGUGUCGGUGCGGGACCCAGGGACGUACCCCCGAGGCAGCCGACAGGCCCUGCUCUGCACCUCCCAGGGGUUCCCGCCACCCCAAAUCCACUGGCUCUGGCACCCCUGUCCCCAGAGAGGCCCGUGCGAGUCGCCGUCGUCCUCGAGGAGACGCCUCGUCAGACCGGGCCCCGGCGUCACGUCCGCGGAGAACAGCAUCCUGAGCAUAAGCCAGCAGCAGGAAGUGCUGGAGGGGAGGAACAAGACAGUGGGUGUCCUGAUGGUUGCCGAAGCCUCUGUGUCUGGAGUGUACUGCUGUGUCGCCUCCAACCAUGUGGGCAAAGACAGACGAGACAUUCGCUUCUAUGUUUCAGACGUACCCAAUGGCUUCAGCGUUGAGUUGGAGGGGGAGCCCAGAGAGGGUAGUGAAGCCCACUUAGCGUGUCGAGCAAAUAAGCACCUGUACACAGGUCUGUCCUGGCGCCUGGCCACGCCCAGUCUCACUGCCCCGCCCGGCCUCUCGGCCACGCCUGGUCUCCCGACCCCGCCCGGGCUCCCGGUGGUCCAGCAUGAGGUGCUGUGGACAGGCGAAUUCUCCCACACCCUGCGUCUGACGCUGAGCAACCUCACUGUGCAGGACUCCGGCACCUACCGAUGCUCCGCCCACCACCUGCUCACAGGGGAGCAGCUACACCUGGACGCCCAGGUGACCAUCAUCGCUCUGGAGGCUCCGGUGCUGCUCCAGAACCUCACUGACUGCAGCGUCAACGUUAGCAGCUCUGUCACCCUGUCCUGCCACGCCCAAGGAGUGCCACACCCACAGGUCACAUGGUACAAGGACCAGCGCAAACUGCAGCAAGGAUCUGGUAUCAUGUUGGCCCCAGGAGGCGGGACCCUACACAUUGAGCGAAUCACAGCUGAGGAUGAGGGAAUGUAUACGUGCGAGGCCACCAAUGAGAAAGGAUCUGUGGAGAGCUCCGCCUACGUCUGGGUUGAUGACUCAGCUGAGACGUCCUCUCUGGAGAUACCCACACUCACCUGCACCUGUGUGGUCGCCACACUCUUCUGGCUGCUGCUCACUCUCUUCAUACGCAAGCUCAAACAGCCAAGGUCCACAGGCGUAAAGACCGAUUACCUGUCUAUCAUCCUGGCCCCGGGGGAGGGGCCACUGGACGAGCAGUGUGACAGCUUACCCUACGACCCUGGCCAAUGGGAGUUCCCACGAGAUCGGCUCAAACUGGAGAAACCGCUGGGGCGCGGUGCGUUUGGGAAGGUCAUGCAAGCAUCAGCCUUCGGCAUCAACAACUCCAGCAGCUGUAAGACUGUGGCUGUGAAGAUGCUGAAAGAUGGAGCCACGCCCAGUGAGCAUAAGGCUCUGAUGACAGAGCUGAAGAUCCUGAUUCACAUCGGACAUCACCUGAACGUGGUCAACCUGCUGGGAGCCUGCACCAAACCCGGAGGACCCCUGAUGGUGAUAGUGGAGUACUGCAGGUAUGGAAACCUGUCCACCUACCUGAAGACCAAGAGGGAUGUGUUCCUGCCGAGACGGGAGCAUGCAGGAGAGGAGAAGGGGGUGGAGGGAGGCUGUGGAGCACAGGCUGGCAGUAAGAGACGGUUGGCCAGCGUGUCCAGCAGGGGGAGCACCACCAGCUCUGGGUUUGAGGAUGAGCGAGAGAACAUGGAGGAAGAGGGGGACUCCCUCUCUCUCUCUGGCUGCUCUCUGGUUCUGGAGGAUCUGAUCUCCUACAGCUUCCAGGUUGCGCGAGGAAUGGAGUUCCUGGCCUCCCGCAAGUGUAUUCACCGUGACCUGGCCGCCAGGAACAUCCUGCUAUCAGAGAACAACGUGGUGAAGAUCUGUGACUUCGGCCUGGCGAGAGAUGUCUAUAAAGACCCCGAUUACGUCAGGAAGGGAGACGCUCGGUUACCCCUGAAGUGGAUGUCUCCGGAGUCCAUCUUUGAUAAGGUGUUCACCACGCAGAGUGACGUGUGGUCCUUCGGUGUGCUGCUGUGGGAGAUUUUCUCCCUGGGAGCGUCUCCGUACCCCGGGCUACACAUCGACGAGGAGUUCUGCCACAGACUGCGAGAGGGCACACGCAUGCGCGCCCCCGAAUACAGCACCCCGGAAAUUUAUAGCACCAUGCUGUCCUGCUGGAAGACGAACCCUGCAGAACGCCCCACUUUCACAGAGCUGGUGGGGACCCUGGGGGACCUGCUCCAGCAGCGGGUGCAGCAGGAUGGGAAAGACUACAUACCUCUGAACACCUUCCUGCCCUCUGACGGCAGCACAUUCACAGAGCUCAGCAGCCUGCAGGCUGCAGGAGUCAGGCGCCACAGCGUGGGGAGUCUGAGCAGCCAGCUCUCCUCCAGCCUGCGCACGUUUGAGGAGCCCAUGCAGAUCCUCCCUCCAUCCGCAGACUAUCAGACAGACAGCGGCAUGGUGCUUCCCUCUGAGGAGCUGCAGUGCGUGAAGUGGAGUGACAGAAACAGGACAGCGCCCUCAAGCGGGUUCCUUGCUGCCAGGAAGAGUCGGGAGAGUGUACCAGCUGCAGGCAUUGGGCCCGGUGUUUACAGCGCCCCUAGUGGCCACCAGGAGAAGGAGCCACCUGUGUUCACCUGUGACUGUGACUCCCAGGGGUGCUGCUCUCCUCCUCCAGACUACAACUCCGCUUUGCUCUACCCUUCCCUAUAACACCUGGGACAGAGACGCCCCCCCCCACAGUAAAACACAGAGACGCCCCCCCCCCACAGUAAAACACAGAGACG